AUGUCUUCAAUCAAAAGUUGUACUUCUGCUCAAUAUGAACUUAAACAUGCUACUUCUACUACCAAACAACCACUUAAAACUACUAGCUGCAAAAAGAGAAAGCAGAAGGAAGAAUGGAAAGGCACUAGUAAUUUGGAAACCAAAAGAAAAAGAGAAGAUCUAG